CCCGCGCACUUAAGGGGGAGUGUUGGUGACGAGCUCAGGCAAAAGCGAGCGCCGCCCCUGCCUCUGUCCUCCAGGCUGGAACGCUAGUCCAUCUAGUUGCCAGGGGGAUUCCCCAGAUGUCCAGGCCCCUUCGGACCUCAGCAUAAGCCCCCAAGGAUGAGGGAAAAGAGGACCCCCAUUAGAGGGACUCUCAGUCACCAGGUAGGUAGGGGACCGGGGACACAGCUGGCUCCUACAUCCUGAUGGCCAGCAGCAUGGUGACUAGCGGUACGGCUACGUCUUCAAGGCUGGAGCAGGAAGCUGGGCCUCCGGGUGCAUGGGUGGGAGGAGGAGCUUCUUGAUGACGUAAGGCCCGAGGAAGGGCGUGGCUUUUUGGUGACUCGCCUCCAGGAAGGGGGCGGGCUCUUAAUGACGAGACGCCAGGGAGGGGGCAGGCGUUCAUUGAUAAAAACGCUGGGCUCUCUCGGGCGCGAGCGCCGCGUAGGAAAUCCAGCCAGCGCCACGCGCUGCCGCGGCCUGGCGGAAGCCAGAAUUAGCCGGGCCCGCGCAGCGCCGCACCGCCCUCAUGGAGCCCGCGGCCGGCUUCCUGUCCCCGCGCCCCUUCCCGCGUGCUGCCGCCCUGCCAGCGCCCCCCGCCGGGCCCGGACCUCCUGGGAGUCCCAUGCCGGGACCUGAGCCGGAGGUGCUGGCCGGGCCGCUGGCGCUGGACCCUGGGCGCCUCAUCACUGACCCGCGCAGCGGCCGCACCUACUUCAAAGGGCGCCUUUUGGGCAAGGGGGGCUUCGCCCGCUGCUACGAGGCCACUGACACAGAGACCGGCAAUGCCUACGCGGUCAAAGUCAUCUCGCAGAGCCGCAUCACCAAGCCGCAUCAGCGCGAGAAGAUCCUAAACGAGAUUGAGCUGCACCGCGGCCUGCAGCACCGCCACAUUGUGCGUUUCUCGCACCACUUUGAGGAUGCUGACAACAUAUACAUUUUCCUGGAGCUCUGCAGCCGAAAGUCCCUGGCCCACAUCUGGAAGGCCCGGCACACCCUGUUGGAGCCAGAGGUGCGCUACUACCUUCGGCAGAUCCUUUCCGGACUCAAGUACUUGCACCAGCGAGGCAUCUUGCACCGGGACCUCAAGCUGGGAAAUUUUUUCAUCACUGAGAACAUGGAACUGAAGUUGGGGGAUUUUGGGCUGGCAACCAGGUUGGAGCCCCCGGAGCAUAGGAAGAAGACCAUCUGUGGCACCCCCAACUAUGUGGCCCCAGAAGUGCUGCAGAGACAGGGCCACGGCCCUGAGGCAGAUGUGUGGUCCCUGGGCUGUGUCAUGUACACACUGCUAUGUGGGAGCCCCCCCUUUGAGACAGUUGACCUGAAGGAGACAUACCGCUGCAUCAAACAGGUUCACUACACGCUGCCUGCCAGCCUCUCACUGCCUGCCCGGCAGCUCCUGGCCACCAUCCUUCGAGCCUCACCCCAAGACCGCCCCUCAAUUGACCAGAUCCUGCGCCACAACUUCUUUACCAAGGGCUACACCCCCUACCGGCUCCCUGUCAGCAGCUGUGUGACAGUCCCAGACCUGACACCCCUUAACCCAGCUAGGAUUCUGUUUGUCAAAGUUACCAAGAGCCUAUUUGGGAGGAAGAAGAGUAAGAAUAAGAACCAUCCUGAGGAGCGGGACGAAGUCUCCUGUUUGGUGAACAGCCUCACUCGGAUGUCCAUUGGCCGUCAGGGUGCCAGGCCCGAGGCUCCGGCAGCUUCAGGUCCAGCCCCCGUCAGCCUGGUAGAGACAGCACUUGAGGACAGUUCGCCCCGUGGGACACUGGCGAGCAGUGGAGAUGGGUUUGAAGAAGGUCUGACUGUGGCCACAGUGGUGGAGUCAGCCCUCUGUGCUCUGAGAAACUGCCUGGCCUUCAUGUCCCCAGCUGAACAGAACCCCGCUCCCCUGGCCCAGCCAGAGCCUCUGGUGUGGGUCAGCAAGUGGGUUGACUAUUCCAACAAGUUUGGCUUUGGGUAUCAACUGUCCAGCUGCCGUGUGGCCGUGCUCUUCAACAAUGGCACACACAUGGCCCUGUCAGCCAACAGAAAGACUGUGCACUAUGACCCCACCAGCACCAAGCACUUCUCCUUCUCUGUGGGUGCUGUGCCUCGGGCCCUGCAGCCUCAGCUGGGUGUCCUGAGGUAUUUUGCCUCCUACAUGGAGCAGCGCCUCAUGAAGGGUGGAGAUCUGCCCAGUGUGGAAGAGGUGGAGGUGCCCGUCCCCCCACUCCUGCUACAGUGGGUCAAGACUGAUCAGGCCCUACUCAUGCUCUUUAGUGAUGGCACCAUCCAGGUGAACUUCUACGGAGACCACACCAAGCUGAUCCUCAGUGGCUGGGAGCCCCUCCUUGUGACUUUUGUGGCCCGCAAUCGCAGUGCUUGUACUUACCUUGCUUCCCACCUUCAGCAGCUGGGCUGCUCCCCAGACCUGAGGCAGCGGCUCUGCUAUGCUCUGCGCCUGCUCCGGGACCGCUGCCCAGUCUAGGCCCCAACCUGCGGGGCCGGCCACCACCCAAGCCCUCAGGCCUGACGCCUGUGCCUGUAAGGCUCUGGCCCUUGCCUUUGUGGCCCUCCCUGUUCCUUUGGUGCCUCACUGGGGGCUCUGGGCCGAAUCCCCCAGGGAAUCAGGGACCAGCUUUACUGGGGUUGGAGGCGGCCUCCUACCCCUUCUCCAAGAAAAACCUAAGCCUUAGCCCCCCGCUAGGGGGCGUUAUUUAUGGACCACUUUUAUUUAUUGACAGACAUUUAUUUAUUGGGAUGUGAGCCCCAGGGAGGGCCUCCUCCUGGUAUAAUAAACCGUUUUU